AUGAGUUCUGCACUGAAUGGGCGCAAAAUCCGCCCCAAGUCUCCCGGAUCCAUCCUUCACCUCGGGAAGGCGCAAUACAGAGAAGCGGAGCGGAGAGGCAGCUCAGAGAGCGCCGCUAAGUCCUUCCGAGCACUGGACGAGUGUAGGAUGAUGGUGCAAGACUUUAACACCCAAGUUGCCCUGUACCGUGAACUGGUCAUUUCCAUUGGAGAUGCCUCCGUGGAUUGUCCGUCCUUGCGAUCUGAAAUGCAGAAGACGCGGACCAAGGGUUGUGAGAUGGCACAAUGCGCACAUCAAAAACUCUCCGCAAUCUCGGGCUCUGGGGCUCAAGAUGGGGAAAUCCAUCCAGAAAUCUGCAGGCUUUAUAUCCAACUCCAGUGUUGUCUCGAAAUGUAUACAACAGAGAUGCUGAAAUCAGUUUGUCUACUAGGAUCCCUUCAACUUCAUUGGAAAGAAAAGGACUCCUUGGUGGUUCCCAAAGUGAUAGACAGUAGAAAGGAAGAGAGUUCCCAAGCUCCAAUUUUAGAAGAUACACCAUCCUCUCCUCUCCAAGAUCUUCAACCAUAUUCGUGGCAUGUUUCCACAGAUAUAGAAAAUACUGAAAGAGACAUACGAGAAAUGAAAAAUCUUCUAAGCAAACUCAGGGAGACUAUGCCUUUACCAUUGAAGAACCAAGAUGAUAGCAGUCUCCUCAAUCUGACUCCAUAUCCACUAGUGAGAAGGAGGAAACGGAGAUUCUUUGGACUUUGCUGUCUUGUGUCAAGCUAG